AUGUCUUGCUGUUUAUCGUGUGGUAAUUUAAAUUUUAGUAUAUACAUUGGAAGUUGGUAUUUAUGUGAGUUUAGAGAUCGCUUAUCAAAGAGGCCUUAUUUAUGGCGAAAUUAUCUUCGUUCAACAGUUGCUGAUGCAAUGGUUUCAUUGGCUGAUAUUCGCGAUUAUCAAAUUAUUCUUGAUUUGACUUGUGGAUCAUCUUCAAUUCUUAUGCAGGCAGCUUAUGAGUUUAAGGAUAGGUGCUAUUUUCUUGGUGUUGAUAUAUCAAUGUCAGCUUUGGAAAUUUCAGUGAAAAAUAAGAAGUAUUUAUGCGAUUUCGAAAGGAAUGAUAUAUAUAUUGACUUUAUCAAUGCGGAUGUGAUAUUUGGUAAUGUUUUAUUAUCAUGCGUAAUACUUAUUUUUUUUUUAUUAGAUUUUUUCAACUUUCGUUGCGUAGAUCAUAUAAUUUCCGACCUACCGUUUGGUCAACACCAUGGUACUGUUCAAGAGUCAAUGCAUAUCUUGCAAAGGACAUUGGAAAUAUUUUCCAGGUUUUCGCGCUUCUUUCUUAUCUUCACCGAUAGUUAUUUUUUUGGUUAA